AUGGAUCGAGAAUUCAUAUUUUGUGAUAAAUUAACAUAUGAAGACAAAUUACGUGCAAAAGUAUUUGCUCAUCUUAUUUCAAUGCCUGUUCAACUUAAAUAUCUUCUUGUUGAAAAAUUUCAAUUGCUUGCAUCUAAUAAUUUGCGAAAAAAUGCAUUAAGUACUGUUCGACAUGUUGAAUUUAAUAUUCCAAGUUGUAAUCAUGGUCCAAAUGAAUCAAUUGAUAUUGGUAAAGAUCUUACACCAUUUCUUAGUACUUAUAUGCCUCAUUUACAAACAUUAUGUCUUUGGAGACCAGAUGAUUUUCCUUGGACAACGAUUCGACCAUAUUUUAAAUCUGGAUGUUUUUAUGAUUCGUCAAUUCGACGAUGGAUGAAAACUCUUCGUACAAGUCAAUCUAUCAAUGAACAUCGAAAUAUUUUCGAACAAGAUCUUUCUCAAUUAGUUGAACAAUUAAAACAAUUUGUUUUUCUUGAUAUUUAUGGUCAAAUAUCUGAAAGAAAACUUCAAUCAUAUUAUUCAAUGAUUCAAUCUCGUUUUCCAAAUAGUCAAUUUGAUAUUCAAAUAUCAAGAUUUCGUCUUUGGAUAUAA